CCGCAAACGACAACCGCAUCCCAUCGCCCUCCCUCCCUUCCUACAAGCACAUCCACACGCCUCGAGUGUGUGCGCUCUACCUUCUCGAUCUCAUAAGUCCUCUACGACAAUGAUCGUCCGGUCGAGCGCCACCGCUUCCGUCGCCAAAGCUGCGGCCAAAACAGCUCCUCGGUCCAGCUCAAUCCCGCUCUCCUCCCUCUCCGCCACCAGCUCCUCGACCUUGCAACAUCGCUCAUAUGCCACCGUCCAGGAAGGUCAACCUCAGCAGAGACGCUAUGGAGGUCUGAAAGACCAAGAUCGCAUUUUCCAGAACCUCUAUGGCCACCAUGGCACCGAUUUGAAAUCGGCCAUGAAAUAUGGUGAUUGGUACAAGACGAAGGAGAUUGUUCAAAAGGGUCAUGAUUGGUUGAUCAACGAGAUCAAGGCUUCUGGAUUGAGAGGAAGAGGAGGUGCAGGAUUUCCUUCUGGUUUGAAAUUUUCAUUCAUGAACUUCAAGGGCUGGGAAAACGAUAAGAAACCUCGGUACCUGGUUGUGAAUGCAGAUGAAGGUGAACCUGGGACAUGUAAGGAUCGAGAGAUCAUGCGCAAAGACCCUCAUAAGCUUGUCGAGGGAUGUCUCGUGGUGGGCCGAGCCAUGAACGCUACAGCUGCAUACAUCUACAUCCGCGGCGAGUUUUAUCACGAAGCUACCGUUCUCCAACGCGCCAUCCAAGAAGCAUACAAGAAUGGUCUCAUUGGAAAAAAUGCUUGUGGCUCAGGAUACGACUUUGACGUCUAUCUGCAUCGAGGCAUGGGAGCUUAUGUUUGUGGUGAGGAGACAUCAUUGAUCGAAUCCUUGGAAGGAAAAGCCGGCAAACCAAGAUUGAAGCCCCCCUUCCCUGCUGCUGUCGGUUUGUUCGGUUGCCCUUCAACCGUCACAAACGUCGAAACCGUCGCUGUCUGCCCGACCAUUGUGCGCCGUGGCGCGAAGUGGUUUGCAGGAUUCGGGCGUGAGAGAAAUCAGGGCACCAAACUCUUCUGUAUCUCCGGUCAUGUCAACAACCCCUGUACCGUGGAAGAAGAAAUGUCCAUCCCCCUCCGAGAGCUCAUCGAGAAACAUUGCGGUGGUGUCCGAGGAGGAUGGGACAACCUCCUGGCUGUCAUUCCCGGCGGCUCAUCAACACCUAUUCUCCCGAAAAAGAUCUGCGAUGACCAACUGAUGGAUUUCGACGCUCUGAAGGACUCACAGUCAGGUUUGGGCACGGCGGCCGUGAUUGUCAUGGACAAGUCUACCGACGUCGUACGGAUGAUUGCUCGCUUGUCACAAUUCUAUAAGCACGAGUCGUGUGGCCAAUGCACACCAUGCCGAGAGGGCAGCACCUGGACGGCCAAGAUGAUGGAGCGAUUCGAGAAAGGUCAAGCUCGUGCGCGUGAGAUCGACAUGCUACAAGAGCUGACGAAGCAAGUCGAAGGUCACAGUAUUUGUGCUCUCGGUGAAGCCUUUGCAUGGCCCAUUCAAGGUCUGAUCCGACAUUUCCGGCCCGAGCUCGAGGCUCGGAUCAAAGAAUACGGAUUGAACAAUGGUGGCGAGGCCCUUGCCGGUGGAUGGGCACCGGAUAUCGGCAAAAAGGGCCUACUCGUUGCCCCAGGUCAGUGAGGCAGUGGUGUUGACUUGUCGCUCGUCGAAGUGAGUCCUGGAGGAAGCAUGAGGCCAUGGUGGGAAAGUCGGACCUUGGACAGUUAUUUCGGUGCGGGGAGGGACAGUGUUUAACGUCGCUGCAGGACAAGGUCUUGCUGACGACAACACAUCAUCUCAGAUUGACUAGGGAUGAGAUCGAAUCCGCCCGCAUUAUUACUGGAAAGUCAUGGCCCCGACCUACAUAUUUAGCUGAGGGUACAUGGAUGUGGAUGACCUCCUUGGGUGUAUCUGGUGACCCCUGUAUAUACAUUACUGUGGACGUUUGCAAUCAAUCAAAACAUGCUAUUUUUUUAUACAAGUA